UGAUCCGAUAUUGAUUUGGCUAUUGAGUGUUUUUCUCACGUGAAUCGGACGCUGUUGGCCAGCCAAAUGAGGUGCUGUAUUAUCGACUGUGAAACGGACGACCAGAUUGUGAGCCAGACGUCCGUGUUUUUCGUCAGCUUUCCAAACACUGAAGCCCUGCGCGAGCAAUGGCUAGAUGCGUUGGGUGUACACGAACCCGACCAGAUACAGGCCCUCAUGGCCGGGGACGUAAAAAUAUGCAGCAACCACUUCCAGAAGCAUUGUUUCGACAUUCACCCGCGGUUCAACUUCCGGUUCCUGCGGCCCGAUGCCAUUCCCACGAUCUUUCCAGCACUGCAAGCCGAAAAAGAGGACGACGAACAUGAUAGCCCGCUUCUGUUGGACAUUGCGCUGCCCGAAACCACCGACGAGGGGUACUUGAUGUUCUUGCAAGAGCCAAAAGUACCGCCGAUUGACUGGGACAGUCCCGAAGUGAACAAAGUGCCGGAUUUGGCGAUUGAGAAUGAUGCGGAUGAGGAAGUACCGGAAGCGGAAGAAGAGAUUGGCAUAUUGUCAGCGAACGGUAACUACUAUUUCCUCAAAAUGGAUCCCGGAUCGGGCGGCAUGCAGACGGACACGACGGUGGACGCCGUGGCGGAGGAUGUCGAAGAUGCCAGUGCACCGGUGCACCGCGAUGGCUGCGACGAUGUGGAAGCGCAGAUUGAGGGUACGGUCAUAAAAGUGGCCGAGCAGCAGACCGUUACGGACGAAGACACCACUGAAGAAGGUGCUCGGUCCGUUUCGCAGAUACCGAGCAGCUCAGACGAGGAAUCCGAGGCCUGUCGGACGGAGUACUUGACGGAGUUUUUUGGGAUAGCCGGUGCAGUCCAUGAAGAUCGAAUGUCCAUUUCAUCGCAAGAGUACGAUUCCAUCGAGGCACUGGACGAAGUGUCCGUACGAGGGAACAGUUGGAGAAUGCGAACCCCACCGCCCCGUACACGCCCCGAGCGCGUUGAUCGUCACUUUUGCGCCGACUGCGGCAAAGGAUUUCCGUACCGCAGCUCGCUUAAGAAGCACGAACUCGUACACAACGGUGAGAAACCUCACGCAUGCGAUAUUUGUGGGCGAAGAUUUUCGCAAAAAAACAACCUCAAAGCGCACAUGGCGGUCCACACGGGCGAACAUCCAGAACGGUGCCACGAGUGUGGGGAGUGUGGAUUAAAGUUUCUUCGCUUCAGCGCACUGAAGACGCACCAGAAGGUGCACAAGCGUCACUUUCCGUACGAGUGUCACGCGUGCCAGGAGCGGUUCUCUGACGUGACCAAGCUGUACCAGCACGUCCGAGUUGGGCACCGACACGAGACGACGAUGCGCGAAUGUUUGAACACGAUCGUCCAAAACGAAAACGUGGUCGUGAUCAAUAAGCUCACCGACACGAAAAUGGAGGCUCAUCAGGAGGACGGUUUCUUUUGGUGCCCAGUUUGUGACGUGUCCUUCAAGUACCGGUCGGGAAUGCGCAAGCACAUGCGUAAAAAUCACCCCACAGUGUACACCUGCAGCUACUGUUGCGUCAACUUUCCGUACAAAAGUUUGCUGCUGAAGCACAUGACGGUGCACACGGGCGAGAAACCGUUUCGGUGCGAUUUCUGCGAUGCCAUGUUCUCGCAGAAAACCAACCGGGACGCCCACAUGUUGCGCAAACACCAGCCAGAGCUGCAGCAGACCAAGCGGGAAAGUCACAAGUGCUCUAGUUGUGGCAGUGUCUUCUUGAGGGCCACUAUGCUGAAGAAGCACUCGUGUCGUCACCCGAUCCGUAGGAAACGGAACAGGACAGCUCAAGCGAACCAACCUGGCGGUGCAGAUGCAAGCGGGUCGGAACGGAACCAGACAGCUCAAGACAUCGACGAGACAUCGGAGGUGCAGCUAUUCGACCCCGAGCAGUACAUCGUGGAGGAUGAAGGCAUUUCAGAUGUUGGCCCUUUGAACGACGAAAUCGGCAUCUCGGAGGCACUCUGUUGAGGCACACGCUCUAUGUUUACUGUACGAAUGGUUGAUAACGAUAAGCUAAUCAAUGUACCCACUUGUGCACAAACUUUAAUACAAGCUAACAGUACG